AUGGAGCACCAGGUGAAUGUCUAUUGGAAAAACGUCCUCACGAUUGUGCCAAUUGUUGGGGCGGGCGUGGCUACUAUUACCUACCUGUUACGUCUAUACUGCAGGCGGGUGAAAAGGGUGGGGCUGUUGCUGGGGGAUUAUCUAAUGGGCGCUGGUCUGAUCCUCUCCUACUGUGUCACAGCUUUUGUAGUAGAUACCGCCUUCAAUGGCGUCGGGCUACCCAUCACAUCGCUUCCCAAAUAUGAACGGAUGCGUAUUCAAUUCGGAUCAUGGAUGAUACAGAAGUUCUGGGCCCCGUCAAUGGCUUUUGUCAAGAUCUCGAUUGUCAUCUUUAUUAAACGACUAUUCGGCUCGAUACGUGCAUACGUCAUUAUCACCAAUUGUCUCGUUGCAUUUAUCGCCACAUGGGCUCUCGCUGCCCUGUUGACCAAUACCUUCCAAUGCACACCGGUGCAAUACUACUACGAUAAGGAUUUGGACGGACAUUGCAUGCCCGGGCAGGUUCAAUUCUUCCAGGCCAUGGGAUCGAUCGCAUUGGUUGAAGAUGUUAUCAUUCUCUGUCUGCCAAUUCCCGUAUUUUGGAGGUUACAGAUCAACCGUCGGCAGAAAAUAGCAUUAAUCCUGGUGUUUUCUCUGGGUGGACUUGUCUGUAUCUUCAGUCUGAUGCGCCUGAUUGAAUUCCGCAAAUUCCAGCUCACCGACCUUGCGGCCUCAAGCGCCAAAGAAUCCAUCUGGACUUGCCUGGAACUCGACGUCGCGAUCAUUUGUGGCUGUCUGCCGUUUCUUAACCCACUUGUGCAAGGCGUCCGCAACAAAGUCAGAAGUGACGCCUCAAAAUAUCAAUCCCAACCUUCUGCCGGAUCCAACCUGCAUUUACACUCGAUGCGGGGAAACAAAGGCGAUUUUCGAGAGCUUGAUAGUGAUUGUGGAGCAUCAGCGAACUCAAUCAGUCGUAAUGCUACGACAAGUCGGCAGAGCUCGGAUAUGGAGAAUAAUAGGCAGGAUGUGGAUGGACGGUCCAACAAUAUCAGGCCUUCAUGA